AUGGCACUGAUGAGUAAAAUGGCGCCCACGGCGGCGGUAUGCUGCCGAAAUAAUUUGCUGAAGCCGACGACCACAGUGAUUCCAGCAAUUCGCUGUUCGCAUGCUGCUGUUUUCCGAAAGCGACCAGGACAGCUUAUUGUAAACAGAAUCAAGGAUGUAUGUCAUUUCUACUUUAUUGGAAUUGGUUUCCUCCCAGUUUUGUUUGCAUUGACCUAUAACCACAUUAUCUAUGGAACCUGUGAAUUGAAAGACUACCCAACUGAGGGUCCUCCACCACAUCAUUGGCAAUUCGAAAGAACUCCAGUCCGUCAAUUCUGGGCUAAAUAUUUUGGAGUCUCCGAUAUUGAGCACCAUGAGCGAAACCUUGCAUACUACGAAAAGCAAGGGAUCCUUGCUCGCUGGAGACAAAUUGAGCAGCGCGUUAAACAUUUGGAAGGCGAACGAUGGGAUUACAAAGGAUGGAGCUAUCAACCAGUAUCUGCUACUUGGGUUGAUUAUGGAAGAUGGCACGCUCUUCGCAUGAGAGAUCAGUACGAGCAGCAUGGGCAUUAUGCUCAGUAA